AUGGCGCUAAGCGACGGGCGAGUGGAGAAGAAGAAGAAGAAGAAGGCUCUGAAGAAGGAGGCCGAGGCCGAAGCCAGCGCGGGUACGGAGGACGCGGACUACAAGGGGGAGGCUGAGAGAGUGCCUUCGGAGGAGCGGGCAGAUAGGUCCGGGGAAGGGGGAUCAGGAGCAUCGGCAAAGACGGAGUCUGAGAGGAAGUAUGAGGAGAAUCGGCGGAAACGGUUACACGAACGCCUACAGAAGGAGGGCGUAAAGACGCAUAAAGAGCGCGUGGAGGAGUUGAACAAGUACCUCAGCCGGUUGAGUGAACAUCAUGAUAUGCCGAAGAUUGGACCGGGUUGA